CCACCAAAGGGAAGAGAAUAAAGUCUGUCACGCGGGCGCGCGCUGCUUGUCACCACUGACUGUUGCACACGGAGGAAACGGUACGCUGCUCUCUCUCGGGCUGUGCUCAGACCCUAUCUCUUAUCUCACCCGCCCUCGGUCUGUUUACACGCAAAACAGUCCGUUGUUGACUGGAAUACGAUACGAAGAUCCUGCUACUAGGCAGGUUUUCUACACGUGUUCUACUGCUCAGUAUGCCAGAACGCAUGGACUAAUUUAACGACGAUGGCUUCGUUGCGAAUGGUCGCCAAACUCCGUGCUGGAGUUGUCGGAUGUACUAAACCGUUCCCCUACGCACUCAAAACAACCCGAUCUCCGGUGAAAUUACUGCAUACGAUCCAUCCCAGACAGCCACAGUGGAGGUGUCCUCCCAAGUGGUCUUCUGCAGUACUGUAGCACCCUCUAGUGAUGUGGUGUUGCAGUAUAAACAUGGACGACCGAUGCUGGCUGUGCCGCUACCCUCCAGGCAGGAGAGCUGUCUGUUCUUCCUCAGGCCCAUGUUAAUGACUGUAGGAGACCUCAUCCACGACCUGCAGAGAGAAGACCCAGGAGUCACCUCUGCCUCUGUGCUCACCAAAGAUGGUGCACGGGUAGCUAACAGCACCUCUAUAGACGGUCUCCUGGACAAAGACUUCCAGCUCCUCAUCAAUGAUGCUGUAUACAACAUCCACUCCCCUGAAAGAGAGGCGUCCAGUGAGCAUGUGGUGGACGUGGAGGACAUGAAGCACAUGGUGCAGCUGCUCCACACGGCCCUCCACCUGCCCCACCACCACCUCCUGAAGGAGAGGCAGCUGCUGGAGAGACUGGAUGGACUCAAACAGGACCUCUCACCUCUGGAACAGGUGAAGGCACAGCUGGCGCGCAGUGCAGAGUUCCACUCCUCCAGGACUCUGUGGACAGGUGUGGCCCUGCUGUCUGUGCAGGGCGGGGCCUUGGCCUGGCUCACCUGGUGGGUGUACUCUUGGGACGUCAUGGAGCCCGUCACCUACUUCCUCACCUACUGCACCAGCAUCGGAGUCUUCUCCUACUAUGUCCUCACCAAGCAGGAUUAUGUCUAUCCAGAUGCCAAAGACAGGCAGUUCCUGUAUUACUUCCACAAGGGUGCCAAGAAGGAGCGCUUCAACGUGCAGAAGUACAAUGAGCUGAGAGAGGAGUUGGCUUCGGUGGAAGAAGAUUUGAGACGUCUAAGGAAUCCAACCCAACUUCAGCUCCCUGUAGAACAGAUCCAGAGCCAGCCAUGAAGAGCAGCACCAUUUUCCCCCAUUUAUUUUGAUAACAAUGCAUUUUUCUUACUAACCCUGCAGAUCAUUUUAGAGUUUUGGUUUACAAUAUUGGAAGUAAUUUGUGGUAAUAGAAGUAUAGUAAUAAAUAUGAGAAAACAUC